CGCAGCAGCAGGCCAGGUCCGGCAAGCCACCGUUGGUUCAUAAUACAUGCACAUGUACCAUGCAGCAGUACCUAAGUCAGCCGUCUCCGCCAAUUUUCACCAAAGACACAUCCCCUGAACUCUCUGGUGCCCAACUCCAAGUCGAAAGUCUGAACUCCCCAACUGCACUCAGAUUAUGGCCGACAGAAAUGAAGACUCCUCCAGAUCGCCGAUCUCGAGCGGGAGCGCUGACCCCGCACACCCAGAUAAUAAGCGAGACAGGGAGUAUGGGAUGUACCCGGAUCGGCUCUUCAUUCACAAAUACCGUCCGGGAAUCCCGCAGCGUUUCGGACGAAUUGUCCGCGGCAGCUACAACGCCAUCUUCCCCCUGUUUUUCACCGAUGGAACAGCAGCCGCCCUACGGGUGGCGCUUCCCGGUGUCAACGCCUUUCCGGACGAGAAGGUGCGUGUCGAAGUGGCUACGAUGCGCUACAUCGAGAAGAUGACCUCCAUACCGGUGCCACACGUCUACCACUGGAGCACAGCCGACGAGAACCCGCUGGGGCUGGGUGCCUUCAUCAUCAUGGACUACGUACACGACGAGAGAUCGCUGGCCAGCGUUCUCAAAGACCCCACAGCCGAAGAGCCAGAGCAAUACCUCGACCCGAACAUCCCCACGGACAAGCUCGAGCGCAUGUACAGGCAGCUGGCCAGCAGCAUACUGGAGCUGUCCAAGCUGGAAAUGCCCAAGAUUGGCUCUCUCCACCGACCCUUGACCGUGGAUAUGAACGAGCUCGUUAAGUCGGGGGGGAUUCCGCCAUCGGAGUGGUACGAGGCCCUCGCCGACAUGCACGUUGCCCACCUGACGUUUCAGCGCAACAGCGCCGUCGAAUCAGCCGAUGACGGUCGGGACAAGUUUGUCGCGCGACACCUGUUCCGCCAGGCCGCAGCGAAAGGGCAGCAGGAGAGUCAGAGGGCGGGCCAAGAAACCUUUAAGCUCUGGGUCGACGAUCUCCGGCCGCAGAACGUCCUGGUCGAUGCCGGCCUCAACAUCGUGGCUGUCAUCGACUGGGAAUGGGCCUACUUCGCGCCCGCCCAGUUCGUGUACGACCCGCCCUAUUGGCUGCUGCUGGAGCGGCCCGAGUUCUGGUACGGCACUGUGCUCGAGUGGCGGGACAAGUUUUCCCGUGUGCUGGACGUCUUUUGCAGGGCGCUCCGCAGCCUGGAAGAGGAACAAAAAAAGGGAGACGGCGAGGAAGAGGAGUGGUCCAUCACCGAGCAUAUCCUCGCUCUGAGCCUCGAUCCGGAGACGGCCGCCCAGACGGAAGAGACGCCGGUAGUGCCCUUGUCGGAGCGGAUGCGCGAGAGCUGGAAGUCGGGUACGUUUUGGGAAGACUAUGCGGCCCGCAGAUGCUAUGGAUUCGAUCCUAUCUUUUGGGAGUUUCUAGAUGAGCGCUUCUUUGGAAAGAAUGCUGAGGGCGGAUACGAGGGCCGGAUGAACCUGCUAUCGGACAAGGUGAGGAGGCGAAUGCACUUGUUCGUCGACAGGAAGAUGGAGGAGAGCAAGGAGGAGAGAAUAGAAGAGUGGGAUCCGGAAGCGGCGAGGAUUUACCUUGGGGAUAUAUUGUUGGAUCUCAGCUAA